UUCCCGCCCCCUACUAGUUACUUCCUGCGACGCUAGCUUGCUUGCUACAGAAAUAAACCUCCUUGAUACAGACAGAGGAGACGGCGUCCGCAUUGUCUUUAAAUGCCACACCGGUUUAUGGAGGUCGUGUAGGUCAGCAGAAGAGUGUUGUUAGACUAAAUAGAGAACAAGAUAAAUAACCAGUCAGUGAAAAAAAAUUGUCAGCAUUUGUGGAUUGUAAGGUUCUUAGAGUAGAACUCGCAACUAGCUAGCCAGUGCUAGCUAACUGAAAGUGUCAAUUAACAUUAGACCAUUAGCUAGAUUAAACAGCUAGGGACAGUGACUGUCAGCUGUACAGCGAAGUAAACAGUUUAGGCAAAAACAACGUUUCUUAGAAUAGUUGAGAGCCUCUUCAGUUAGCGUUAGGUAAUAUUUACUCCUUCAGCUAGGUGACGUUGAAGAGCAGUGAUGGACUUCCUUGCUGGAUGCAUCGGAGGUGCUGCUGGAGUAUUGGUUGGACACCCAUUUGACACAGUUAAGGUGAGACUGCAGGUCCAGAGUGUUGAUAAGCCUCUGUACCGUGGGACUUAUCACUGUUUCCAGUCCAUCAUACGGCAGGAGUCAGUAUUUGGUUUGUAUAAAGGCAUUGGAUCCCCCAUGAUGGGCCUUACAUUCAUCAAUGCCAUAGUGUUUGGGGUUCAGGGAAACACUAUGCGGCUGCUGGCACAUGACACCCCCAUGAACCAGUUCCUUGCUGGUGCAGCAGCAGGUGCCAUCCAGUGUGUCAUCUGCUGCCCCAUGGAGCUGGCUAAAACCCGCAUGCAAAUGCAGGGUACUGGAGAGAAGAAGUCCUCUAGGAAGCUGUACAAGAACUCCCUGGACUGUUUGGUACGCAUCUACAAUCGGGAGGGUCUGCGGGGCGUAAACAGAGGCAUGGUGACCACACUUAUCCGCGAGACACCUGGCUUCGGAGUGUAUUUUCUGGCCUAUGACGUGCUGACGCGCAGCCUUGGCUGUGAGCCAGACGACCGCUACAUGAUCCCCAAACUGCUGUUUGCCGGGGGCAUGGCCGGCAUCGCCUCCUGGCUUUCCACCUAUCCUGUGGAUGUGAUCAAAUCGCGACUGCAGGCAGAUGGGGUGGGUGGGGUCAACCAGUACAGCAGCAUCGCUGACUGUGUUCGACAAAGUGUCAGGAGAGAGGGCUACAUGGUGUUCACACGAGGCCUCACCUCCACGCUGCUACGAGCCUUCCCUGUGAAUGCAGCUACCUUUGCUACCGUCACCCUCGUCCUCAUGUACGCUCGGGGGGUGGAGGAAGGACCUAAAGACUGUGAGCCAGCUCAGCCAAGCCACCACGCACAGAUACAGCAGCAGGCCCAACCCUCCAGCCUGUGACAGCACAAAGGUCUCACCCUUAACCUGGGCACUUUAUAAGAGCAUAGAGAGUGAAUAUACAUACUAACCCUACCUACCUUACUGUCUGACUCAGUUUCACAUCGGACCAGUCAUUCCCAGUUUUGAGAAUAUACGUGGUUUAUAUAAACACUUGUUUUUACUUUCAUGUCAAAAAGGAAACAAAGGAAAAACUUAUUUAUUUUUAGCUAUAACUUAAGUUUCAGGUUUGCCUCUGAAGAUGCAGACUUGUAUACCUCUAAUAAGAUUGGAAGAAGAAUUUGAGCAAUGAGAUUCAUGUUCAUUCAAGUUCUUAACAGCCGCUUUUAUCUGUGAGAAAUCUCUUGUAUGACACUGAUCUAGACUUAUUACUGAGCUACAAAACUGAUGGUGUGGCUAGGUAGUGUGUAAAGUGUAGACUCUGAACGUUUAUAUCUCUAUUACAUAUAUCUUGAAAUGUGCGGUGUUUAACUGCACCUGUAUAUAUCAUUGGUUUUGAUUAACUUAUUUUUUUAAUGUAUGUUGGAAACAUUUUUCCUGCCUUUAUAAUAUGAAUACUUUUAUUUUGCGUAAGGAAAUUGAAGCACCUGUUUGUACCUGAACUGUAUUCUCUGAAGAGCCCAGCAAGCAAGAGAGAUGGAAUGUAGCAUUUGAUAAGUGGGCAUAACUUAUCACUUGUGUCUGCUUUCAAACCAAAAAGGAUAUUGCAGCUGUAAGCUGAUCAUCACUAAAGCACUAUUAGUCCAUCUGAAGGGCUCUUCAGGGACCAAAAGCAAAGUGUCUGUGUGUGAAUCAGGAUUGUAGAUGACAUUAUGUUUUGUCUUGUUUGGUUGUCUGUUUGGCAUGUUGUGUUUUACCAAAUAAUGUGAAGUUUUAUCAUUGUAACUUUACUAAAGGCCUGAUCUGGAAGUGGAACAUGGCGCUACAUGUGGCACCGUACUGCUCCCACUAUUUUAACCUAACCCUAACCCUAGUUUGGACAUUUCAGUUAUCAGUUUAUUUUUUAAAUAUAUUUUAAAUCUGUACAUGAUGUUGUUAUUGCAGAAUCUGAAAUUAAUGCUAGGGGCUCCCUUCAAAGGUUUGGAAAAAGUGACAACUGAGAGGCCAACAAAUGUCUCAAUAUUUAUUAAUUUCACUCUGGUCAUAUUUAACUACUUGUCAAAUAUUCAUGUGUAACUGGGACCACUGCCCCCCAGUGGUCACAACCACAUUUGUACCCAGAAGCACUAGAACAUUUUGGUAUUAAACAACCUGCAGUAUGAGAAAAGGCCAACUACUGCUUCAACAAAAAAAACAAAAUGUUCUAAUAAUACAAAAACUAAUGUGAGGAGUGAAAGAUUUUGAGGACAGAGCUUUUUAGAAAGCCUGUAAAAUGCCUCUUAAAGGAUGCAGAAAGAUUCCCUCUGAAUACAGUUAAUUUCUGUGUCCCCGUGGACGAUUUUAAAGUUAUAGUUUCCCUACAUUUGAGAAAUGCGUAUUUCUGUGUACCAAUAGUUGAUACACUGUACCUAAUCUGGAUUGGGGCUUUAUUUGGACUUAUUUAUUUAUUAAAUUACUAUAUUAGCUUAAUAAUGUACAGGUAUUUUUAAUGAGUGGGAAUUGUCUGUUUUCUGCAUGUGUGUGGUCAGUAUCAGAUGAUUUUGUCUGUAUUUUAUGCCUGAAUGUUGAAUGUCUUGCUUUAAAGCAAUCAAAGUUUCUCCUCUACAAAUAGGCUACUGUGUCAGUUCCCAUCAAAGCAGAAAAUCGUCAGUUCAGCUGUUAAUCUGUUCCCCCUAAAUGCAUUUCGGAGCUCUGUCUCAAGUUGCAAAACUAGCAACAAAUCAAACUACUGUUGUCAUUUGUAUAGUAAGAGAAGGCUGUGUUGGAGAGCAGGAAGUCACAGAUGCACUAAAACCUUCAGACUGUAACUCAAAAGAGUUGAAGGACAAGGUGAUUUCUGGGAAUCCUCUUCUUUAAAUUUAAAUGUCACUAGCUUGAAAUAUUCAGUGCUGCUGAGAAACUUGAAAAUCUCCAUGGCUGUAUUGUGGUUUGAUGUUGGGUGAUGAUGACAAAUGAAAGUGGAAAAGGUACAAAGGGAUAUUUGGUGUGCCUGUAGAAGUUGCUUGUGUUAAAUCAAUAAUUCCACUUCUUGAGCACUGACUGUUACCUCUGACUAGAAGGUAGAUCUGACAUCUGAAACUUGCCAUUUGACAGCUAAUAGUUCCUCCAGCUGAUGUGGAAGAUGCAAUAUGUACAGGAUGUAACUAUUCAUGUGAGAUUGUUUUGAAGUGGUUAUCGAUCUAUCUAUCGUUUUUUUUUUCAGUCUAAAGUAGUGGUGUGAUACCUUGAUUGUUUGAGCAGUUUGUAAAGUCAGAGUCAGCUGUCACACUGAAGAGAUUUUAACUGAAAAAUUGAGACAUGAUAUUUUUGUAAUAUAGUCAUUCAUAUCCUAUUUGUCACUGAGGAUCUGUACAAAUGGGCAAAUAAAAAUAAUUCAGCA